AUGGGCUACGGCAGCAGCUCCUGGAACCCCUUCUCAACAGGGGGCUCACCCUCGCGACGCUCCUCAUCCGGAUACCGCCCUGGCUACGCCUCGUCGUCGUACUCGGCGUCCUCGCGCCACCACAGCUCCACGUCGCGCUACAAGCGCUCACCCCGCGACUCGUACAUGCAACACCUGUACAAGAAACUGCAGCACUUCCUCCGCGAAAUCUGGCGCUACGCCCAACGCCACCCCUACAAAGUCUUCUUCAUGGUCAUCAUGCCCCUCGUCUCCGGCGGCGUGCUGCAUAAACUCGCUCGUCAGUUCGGCGUCAACCUACCUGAGAUGGGCGGACCGGGUGCGAGAGGCGGGUACGCUGGCUCAGGGCACACCAACACCAACAACUACAACACCAGGGGCGCCAGCAGCAGCGGCGGCUACUACGGCAGCCAGGGCUACGGCUACGAGAACACACGGAGCGCCCCGAGUAACGGCGGCGGAGGCAUGAUGGCCGGUCUCGGCAACAUCGACAUGCAGAGCGUCUCUUCUGGCAUCGGCGGCCUGGCUAGUCUGGCGAGUAUGGCAAGCAAGUUCAUGUAA